AUGAGGCCUUUUCAUGCUUUCUUACCACUAAUUGCCAAUGUAUUAUGCUUACUAAAUGCUGCUGAGGCCCAUUCGCAAGCGCCAAGUGCUAUCAAAUAUGUCUCCACGCUUGAUAAUCCAGUAAUCAAUACUCCCUCGCACCGUGUCAGCCACCUCUCCCACUUUGACCUUACAUUCUCGCUUCAUGGCGGAAGCCAGAGGAUUCGAUUGGAAUUGGAGCCAAACAAUGAUAUUCUGGCGGAGGAUGCAAGUGUCCGAUACUUGGAUGCGCAAGGGAAUAUCAAGAGAGAAGAGCCGAUUGACCGAGUUACUCACAGGGUUUUCAAGGGAAGAGCGUCAGUGGGAACAAAGAAUGGUCGGUGGGACCCCGUAGGGUGGGCCAGGAUAUACAUGAAAAGGGACGGGACUUAUCCGCUAUUCGAAGGUGCUUUCAGCAUUAUGCAUGAUGAUCAUCACAUUGAAUUACAUUCCACCUACUUGCAGAAAAGACGGGAAGGCGAUGCCCAUGUUCCACACCAAGAAUCGGACUACAUGGUCGUAUACCGUGACUCCGAUAUAGUGCGAUACGUCCAGUCGCAUACGAAGCGUUCGUUAAUCGGCUCCUCGAUAUGCCAUGCGGACAAGCUCGGCUUCAACUCUGACCCAAGCCGCCUGUUUUUCCAACCGGAUUUGCAGCAGAACAUGUCCAUGGCAGACUGGAGCGUUAUGUCGUUCGGAUCACUCCUCGGACUUACCAGGCGCCAAUCAGAUAUCUCAGGCUCACUGGGGAAUUCCGGUAAUGUUAACUUGAGGUCAACAAUUGGUAGCACGGCAGGGUGCCCAACCACAAGGAAGAUUGCCUUAAUCGGGGUUGCGACGGAUUGCGAAUUCACCCAGUCAUUCAACUCGACCCAAACUGCCCGGGAAUGGGUUAUCAGUGUGGUGAACACUGCGUCAAAUGUCUACGAGAAGAGCUUCAAUAUCUCGCUGGGUUUACGGAACUUGACUGUAAGCGACGCCGCGUGUCCAGAAUCUGCUUCAUCGACCACUCCUUGGAAUCUACCGUGUUCCCAGUCGAAUAUCACCUCACGGCUCAACCUUUUCUCCCAGUGGCGUGGGUCUAAUCCAGACUCCAAUGCAUAUUGGACUCUCAUGAGCAAUUGCCCCACUGGUUCUGAAGUAGGACUGUCAUGGUUGGGGCAGCUGUGCAAUACCGGAUCCGAGUCGGAAGGUAGCGACACUGUCAGCGGAACCAACUUCGUUGCCCGCACACAAGCUGGGUGGCAGGUCUUUGCACAUGAGUCAGGUCACACAUUUGGUGCUGUCCAUGAUUGCGAUUCUCAGACCUGCGCUCAGGGCCUUGACAGGUCAUCUCAAUGUUGCCCCGUUUCUUCUUCUUCAUGCGAUGCCAAUGGAGAUUAUAUCAUGAACCCCAGUGCCGGAAGUGGUGUCACUCGGUUCUCUCCCUGCACAAUUGGAAAUAUCUGCUCUGCUAUGGGUCGAAACAGCGUGAAGUCUCAGUGUCUCUCGGACAAUCACGGUGUCCCGACCAUCACUCCUAGCCAAUGUGGGAAUGGGAUUGUCGAGGAGGGUGAAGACUGCGACUGUGGUGGAGAUGAAUCCUGCGCAAAUAACAACUGUUGCGACCCAAAUACCUGCAAAUACAAGAGUGGUGCAGUCUGUGAUGACUCCAACGACAGUUGCUGUACGAACUGCCAAUUCGCUUCUGCGGACACAGUCUGUCGCCCCAGCACGGGCCCCUGCGACAUAGAAGAGAAGUGCACUGGCACUUCUAGUGCCUGUCCUUCGGAUUCCCACAAACCAGAUGGCUCUAAUUGCGGUGGUGGUUCCAGCGGUCUCACUUGUGCCAGCGGCCAGUGUACCAGCCGUGACCAGCAAUGCCAGGAUCUGUUAGGAAGUCAGCUAAACAGUAACGAUACACAGGCAUGUGACGACGUCUCAUGCCUUUUAACAUGCACGUCUUCUUCCCUGAGCAUUAACGAAUGUGCAACUACCAAUAAGAACUUCCUCGAUGGUACGCCAUGCCGUGGUGGUGGUCAUUGCCAAAAUGGUCGCUGCGAGGGCUCUUCAUUCGGCAAAGAAAUCGAGUCCUGGGUUGACAAGCACAAAGGUCUUGUCAUCGGCCUUGCGGCCGGGAUAGGAGGUCCCCUUGUUCUCUGCAUUCUCUGGUGCCUCAUCAGCCAAUGCUGUUGCGGACGACGUGCAGCUGCGGCCCGCAAACCGCCGCCUCCUCCCGUUCAGUAUGGGUAUACUCAAUGGCAUGGCGCAAUGCCGGCGUCGUAUACACCUCUACAACCAUGGCCAAAUAGCAAUUCCCGGCUUGAGAGGCCGUUUCCACCUUAUCAAGGUUAUCAAGGACCGCCUGUGUAUGGUUGA